UAAAUGUGUGUAGUUAUAGGUAGGUAGGUACUGUUAAUCUUUGUCAUUAAAACUAAGGAAUUAAAUUUAAGAAGUCGCAUAAGCGUUUUCAAAAUCGCCCAAUUUGCGAUAUAUCGUAAAUGUGAAAAAAUAGGAGCAAUUAUGAAUGUUGUAUCGCCCAUUUUGCGAUAAAUCGCCCACGUUGGGAACCCCGGACUGGGACCUGGCCUGGGACUGCGGCUUUGAAAACUUCAUGUACCGAAUACAUAGGUACCUAUUAUUUCAUUUUUCAUAAGAAUUAAUGAUGGCGAUCGACGAUGUAUGUAACGGAUGACGGAUGUAAUUUCAUUUCGAUAAUUCGAUAUCAUAAACAUGCUGUACGAUCUGUACAGAUUCUACAAAUGUAGUCACAUUCAAAUUCAACAACUACUGUAGUCUGUACGCCGUACGGAAAAUAUUUAUAGAAAUCUUUCCUGCUAUUUCGUGUGAGUAAAGUAAAAAAAUAUAUCUAAAUUUCUUCGUGUUUAGUAACCAUCGAGAAAAAAGACCUAAAUAGACAAAUAUCAUCCGGAAAAUUCUGUGGGUGCAUCGCACCCACAUAACUUUUUCUGUGGGUGCUUAAGCCCCGAAGCACCCACGUAGUCGGCGCCCCUGCUAGCGAUUAUCUGUAACCUUACAAAAUAAAACCAGUUUUUUUUAAAAUGAGAUUCUUGAUUAGUUUCGGUAAGCCCCUCGUAUAUGUACUUGUACCAACUUAUAGCGAGUAGCGCGGAAGGCGAAUUGAAUGUUGAUAACGUUGGCAGACAUUAAAUUAGAUUAGAAUGUCAUGGAUGGGGAUCAAAGGUUAAAAUGUUGAUAUCGUUUGCAGGUGGUUAAUGUACUUUACUCAUGACUCAAAAUCAGUAUUUAUGCAUACAAUGGGACAAAACAAUUCCAGUGUCAGUAUGCCUUUACGAAUACGAAGAAAGUCGCUCCGUUCGCCUUUCUCGCGAAGAUCCUCCAAGACGAAUUUAAGUGCAACCUUCACAAUCGCCGAUGACGACCACAAAAUAGAUUUGCUAAAUGUGAAUCUUGCGAGUGAAGAAGAACUUAUGACGUUACCAGGUGUGAAUAGAGCUAUCGCACAGAAUAUAGUCGAACAUCGGAAAGCCAUAGGAAGAUUUAAACGAAUCGAAGAUUUAGCAUUAGUGAAAGGAAUUGGUGCCGAUAAACUAGACGAAAUCCGACCGGAGAUAUGUGUUAAUCGACGUAGAAACUUAAGUUGUAAUUCGUCACGAGCGCAAAGCCUCGACAGCUUGGAUUCGCACACGAAUUACAAGAGUAACAAACUAACCGACCUAAAUAAUGCGAAUAUAUUCGAAUUGCAAUGUGUGCCCGGGUUAACUCAGGAAUUAGCAGCUAACAUUGUGGACUAUCGUAACAAGAAGGGACCGUUUCAGAACUUAGACCAGCUUAUCAAGGUAAAAGGUGUAACGUCGAUGCACCUCAGCAACAUCUCCUCGUAUCUCACACUAACCAUCGAGGAGCACAAGAAAAUUACAGACCUAGUACAGGUAAAUGGUAGUUAUGCUAAUGGAAAUGUGCAACUUAGUAAUCAUCGCAAAUCACCUAGUGCUACUUUAAAAUUUGCACUGUGUAAUGGACUGCCCGCGUCAUCCGUUAACGAUAUUUUCGAAUUACUAUCGGCGUACUCGUAUCGUCCCAUCCCCGAAGAGGAUUUCUGUUAUGUCCGUAACGGAGAGAAGGCUUUGCGGAUCGCGUCGUGGAAUUUGCAAAAUUUUACCAUUGACAAGGCGCAAAAUCUUGGUGUACGGGAGGUUAUAUGUCGUACAAUUCUCGAGAAUAAGUGGACCAUAGUGGCAGUUCAAGAAGUGCAAGACAUAGAAGCUUUAAAAUUAAUAUGUGAUUCAUUAAACAAACCAAAUUUAAGAAGAGUGGUCGAAUGCAAGAGUAAUAGUAAACAAUGGACGUUCUGCAUGUCUGACCUAAAGCAUUCGCAACUGGGCUUCCUGUACGACACCUCCAAUAAAUAUUUUAGCAUCGGACUAAACUCUUUGGGUCAAACCAACAUUGAAGACUGCCAGGUGGCCCUUGCAGAUUUUAAAAUAGGAAAUACCGAAAUGGCACUUUUAAACGUGCAUCUACCCGUUAACGAAACGAAUAAUGUCGAGGAAAAGUUGAAACAGUCUGUGUCUCCGGAGGAUAGCAUAUAUUUUGUAAUGGGCGAUUUUACGGCGUUUUCGAAAAAGUGCAACGAUAACGAGAUUGCCGGUUUACAGGCCGUUCUCCCGUUUAGUACAAAUACAAAUAGUUUAAAUAUUAAAUCAAAUUUGAACAAUCGAUUUGUUGACAAUAUAUUAACAAAUAAGGGUGGUCAAGCGCAACUUACGGGAGUGUGGGGUGUUGUCAGACAGGGGCUGACGCAUCUUGCCAUUCCGUGCGGUUGGAAUUGGGGUGGGCCGGUUUCCACUCACUGCCCGGUUUGGACGGAGGUAUAUGUGUCGCCUAACAUCGGUACUGCACUGUGAUUAUUGUACUUUAUAUUAUUGUAUUGUUCCUAAGUAUAUAAUGUUUGUUAUCUUACGUAGAAAGUAUAUUUUGAGAAUGGACAAAGAUGUUGGUGAUUACAAUUGAUUUUACGAUGUAUUGUUAUAAAUUUUAAUUGAUUUUUAAAUUAUUGUGGUUAUCUGAUGACAAUUUUUAUUAGCUUUAAUAAGACAAAAUAUGGUUUUCGACUUAUAUAUUUGGCAAGACUUUGGGUGAUAAAUACAGGGUAUCUAUCCAAUUAAUAUUGUGCAUGUUUUGGUACCUUUCAAUUUUGAUUAAUAAAUCCAUAUUUAUGUCUGAAAUGAACGAAGUCGUACUAACAUAUCAAAACUACUUGGACUGAAGUUUGCUUUGAUUGACAAUCGUUAUUGAUUAAAGGCAUGUUUUCGAUUUUUGGGAUUUUUGUGUGUAAAUUAAAUUCUGUGAAUUGUAAUUAUGCACAAUUAGAGAAAGUAUUAUAAUUUCGCUUCUCGUCCACAAAUCUAUCCAAUUACAUCACAUUAUACAUUAAUCGUAUAAUUCCUUACUGUGUUAUUGUUUUAAGUGAUUGACCAAAUUGUAAAUUAUAUUG